UUGCAACGCCAAGAAAAGAAGCAUCCUUGUGCCUCGGCGGCCCGAAUCUCGCCGAAUUGGAGCCGACGGAGGACUUCACCGACCUGCCGAGGACCCCAAACGGACCAGGGACUAUCGCCGUGACCCCAAGGACAUGAAUCGCUCUAGUAGGGGAUGGGAUGGCUCGAAAAAGCUCAGUCUGCUGUCGGCGUUGCUCACAUGAGGUGUGCAAGAUGACUACGAGCGUUUUCGCGCCUUCGGCCGCCUUCCGGAGCCCAGGGAUGCAGCACAGAGGUUUUCCGGCUCGAAUGGAUUCGUCGUUUUACACCACAACCGGGUGGUCGACCAAUAAGUCGAAACGACGAGGGGACCAAAGCGAUAGUGGGUCUUCCAGCAGCACUACGGCAAGCAAUGCGGCGGUCAGCGCUUUGGCUCUUUUGUCUUUCCUCUUUUUCUUAAAUAUGCUCCAACAAAAUCUCUCAGCCGGUCAACAACAGACUUUACUCUUCAUGGUGAAUAACACCGGCACAACCACUGGCAAUGCCACUCGACUGACCGCCAAUCGGAGACGAAGACCAUUGAUUGCCGUGGCACAAGUUAAGGCGAAGCAAGGUUUCAACGGGCGGACUAGACUCACGAUAAAAACCAUGAAAAAUAUGAAAAUUCGGAAGAGAAGGCCGCGAUCCAUGGAUGACGAUUUAGAGCGAAAACAUGUUGAGCAAAUCAAUGACUACGGGGAUUUGUCGGAAGCUCCUCCACCGUUCAUGAUGCCCGGUCUUCCCGAAGGAGAUUUCCUUCAACUCUCAGCUUGGCUCAAGGGUCAAUUGACCUCGGAUGAGCUGCAAAAUGACCUGAUUGAUACGAUGACGAACUGCAGAGCUUUGGUUGCUUGCAGCAUGCGCAAAGUCCCAGGACAGGCUCGGAAUGUGACAAUAUUGCAAAAUGAAAAUAUUAGGCAAAUUUUGAUUGAGGCUGGAUUUUAUGCUGAGGCAGAUCAUCUGGACGAGGCUUGCGACGAUUUGCAACAACUUUCAGGCAAAGAGUGCAACGCUUUGGCAGCAUCGUUGUCAAAAUUGCUACCGACAGUUCAACUACACACUCCCAAAAAUUGAUGUAUUUUCAAGUAAGCGAUUCUUUCUAUUGCAUAAAAAACAAUAAACU